CACGGAACUGCCUUUCGUGGUAGUGGACUGCAACUCCGGCCCUUUUUGUGAACUCCAAUUCUUCUCUCUCGGCGGGGCCCUCUCCCCUGGUUCACCUUCAUCUUCCUCAUUCACAACUCACACUCACCAGACGUACCGGGUGAAUGCGCCAGUCCCCGCCAUCAUCAUCACGCCUCCGCCUCGGCAACGUUCUGUAGAGGUUGGACAGACGGCCGCAUCCGGCCAACAGUGAAGAUGAUAGCAGGCAGGGGAAGGCAGAGGAUACGGCCGCCGCGAAGGCACGGCCUUGGAGGCAACGACCUCGAUUUCGAGAAAUUGUGGACGACGAUCUCUGCCGCAUUCCUAGAGAUCCACACACGCAACGCCUCGACGCUCUCGUACGAGGAGCUCUACCGUCAAGCCUACCAAAUAGUACUCAAAAAGAGGGGCGACGAUCUCUACAAACGGGUCAACGCUUUUGAGCACGAAUGGCUCGUCACCGAGGUCCGCAAAUCGAUAAAGGAGCAUUACUCCCCUCAAAUGCUGGCGAACGCCCAAGGUCUCAGCAGCACGACGAAUGAACGGCGCAUGGCCGGCGAAAGGUUUCUCAAAGGUCUUAAUGACGCAUGGAGUCACCAUCAGGUCUGCCUGAGCAUGAUUUCGGACGUUCUCAUGUACAUGAACCGUACCUACUGCGAUGAGACCCAUCGGCCACCCGUGUAUACCACGGCCAUGACUCUCUUCCGUGACGACGUUCUGAGAAGCCCGAUCGUGGAGAGCGAAUCCCGAUCCGUCCUGGACCUGCUAUGCGACGUCAUGCUCGACCAGAUACAAAUGGAGCGAGAUGGGGAUGUGAUCGACAAGUACCUGAUCAAGUCCUCGGUGCUCAUGCUGGAAAGUUUGUACGAUAGUAAGCCGGGGUCGGCAGACGAACGGUUAUACAACACGGCGUAUGAGCAGGAGUAUCUGAAGCGAAGUCGCCUGUUCUACCGCCAGGAGUCGGAGCUUUUGAUUCGAGAAGCGGACGCUGGAGCAUACUGUCGGCAUGCAAGCCGAAGGUUAUAUGAAGAGGAGGAGCGGUGCAAAUCGACGCUUUCGGAAGGCACAAUGCCGUUGAUACGAGAGGUCGUGGAGGACGAGCUAAUUCGGAACAGGCUUUCGGAGGUGGUGGAGAUGGAGAGCGGUGUGCGCUUCAUGAUCGACAAUGAUCGGUUCCAAGACCUCAACCUCAUCUACGCGCUGAAUGCGCGAGUGGAUGACAAGAAAUCGGGGCUUACGAAGGCGGUGCAGCAACGCAUCAUUGCCAUGGGCAACGAGGUUAACGAAGCCGCCAUAGCAGCAUCGCAGGCACCUGCUGCUGCGCCGGACAAUGGAGAUAAGGGCAAGGGUGCGGCACCAGAGAGGAGCACCAACCAGCAGACGGUUGCCGCGAUCAAGUGGGUGGAAGAUGUGCUUCAGCUCAAGGACAAAUUCGACGCCAUCUGGAAAAUGGCGUUUCAGAAAGACAAUGUGAUGCAAACGGCCAUGACGAAGAGCUUCACCGAAUUCAUCAACAGCGCCACUUUUCCACGGUCCUCGGAAUACAUAUCGCUCUUCAUUGACGAAAACAUGAAGAAGGGGAUCAAGGGCAAGACGGAGACGGAGAUUGACGUUGUGCUGGAGAAGGCCAUCACGCUGCUGCGCUACGUGCAGGACAAGGAUCUCUUUGAACGCUACUACAAGAAGCACCUCUGCCGGCGGCUGCUCAUGAACAAGUCGAUCAGCAACGACGUGGAAAGGCAGAUGAUUGGGAAGAUGAAGAUUGAGCUGGGCAACAACUUCACGAUGAAGCUGGAGGCGAUGUUCAAGGACAUGACCAUCUCGGAAGAGCUGACAUCGGGGUUCAAGCGGCACGUGGAAGGGCUCGGCGAGCAGGAUCCCCGAAGGAUCGAGCUUGCGAUCAACGUGUUGACGUCGAUGACGUGGCCGCUGGAAAGCAUGGGACCGUCGGAGGAAGGCGACUCGAGGCGCACGCAAUGCAACUUCCCGCCGGCCAUUGAGCGCAUCAAGCGAGGAUUCGAAAAGUACUACAGCGAGAAGCAUUCAGGAAGGCAACUGACGUGGCUGGCCAAUAUGGGAUCGGCGGACAUCAAAGCCGUAUUCCCGAAGGUGCCGCAAAAGGACGGCACCUUCAAGGAACGUCGACACGAGCUCAACGUAUCCACGUAUGCCAUGGUCGUCCUGCUCCUGUUCAACGACAUGGCGGCGUUGCAGUCGCUCACGUUUGAGGAGAUUCAAGCGCAGACCAACAUAGCCACAAACGAGCUGGUGCGCACGCUGCAAUCGCUCGCGGUGGCACCGAAGACGCGCAUCCUCAUCAAGGAGCCCAUGUCCAAGGAUGUCAAGGCGACGGACCGGUUCUCGUUCAACGAAGGCUUCAGCGGCAAAUUUGUCAAGAUCAAGGUGGGGGUGGUGUCGGGCGGGAACAAGGUGGAGACGGACCGCGAGCGACGGGAGACGGAGAAGAAGAACGACGACUCGCGCGGAUUCUGCAUCGAGGCGGCCGUGGUGCGGAUCAUGAAGCAGCGCAAAGAACUGUCGCAUCAGCAGCUGGUGGUGGAGACGCUGCACCAGCUGGCUUCGCAGUUCCGGCCGGAAGUGUCGAUGAUCAAGAAACGUAUCGAGUCGUUGAUUGAACGAGAGUAUCUGGAGCGGAUCGAGGGUGCGGCGGUGGACUCUUAUCGGUAUCUGGCGUAA